CGCCCUGGGGCCUGGGGCGGCGGGCGGCGGGCGGGCGGGGCGGGGCGGGCUGCGCUGCGCUGCGUCGCUCCCCGCGCGGCCGCCGGGAGGGCGAUGACCGAGUACAAGCUGGUGGUGGUGGGAGCCGGCGGCGUCGGCAAGAGCGCGCUGACCAUCCAGCUCAUCCAGAACCACUUCGUGGACGAGUACGACCCCACCAUCGAGGACUCAUACAGAAAGCAGGUUGUUAUUGAUGGAGAGACAUGCUUGUUAGAUAUUCUGGACACUGCAGGACAGGAAGAAUAUAGUGCUAUGCGUGAUCAGUACAUGAGAACUGGGGAAGGAUUCCUCUGCGUGUUUGCCAUUAACAACAGUAAAUCAUUUGCUGAUAUUAACCUUUACAGAGAGCAAAUCAAGAGAGUGAAAGAUUCAGAUGAUGUGCCAAUGGUUCUGGUUGGGAAUAAGUGUGAUUUGCCCACAAGAACAGUAGACACAAAACAGGCCCAAGAAUUAGCAAAAAGCUAUGGAAUCCCCUUUAUAGAGACAUCUGCUAAAACAAGACAGGGUGUUGAAGACGCUUUUUACACGCUGGUGAGAGAGAUCCGGCAGUACCGGAUGAAAAAGCUCAACAGCAGUGAAGAUGGGAAUCAAGGCUGCAUGGGAUUGUCCUGCAUUGUGAUGUGAUAAGAUGCCAGGAGUACAUGGUUCAGAUGUAGCUGCUGGACGAGUCUCGAUGCUACUGUAUUGCGUCUCAUGCUGAUGCCCUGCAGUAUUUUGGUGCCAGCGACCAGAAUCUUGGUACCAGUUAAUUAGCACAGGGUCCUUUUCUGUGCUCCAUCUGAAGAAAACAUCUCUGGUGUCUACCUCCUUGCUCAGCUAACAGAGCAGUCACAUCUCUUCGUGUACUGGGAUUCUUUUCUCACUGUGUUGCCUGGGCUUGUUCAAGAAGAAAACCAGUCACAAGAAAAGUGAAUUACAGAGACUAAAUGCUGUGAAAAAGAUCUCACUUUACCUCUAGAGUAAAAGCUAGAAGUAGUGUUUGUUCCCUUUGUAUCGGAUACAGAUUUGCAGUGUUGUCAGAGGAGUGGCAGAAAUGGUUUUGCCACCUUUAAAGCUCCUGUCACUUACCAGAUUGGUAUCUGCUGUCUGUGCACCCACACAGCAUAUUUGCAAAAUCUGCAUUGUACCAGGAGUACCACUUAACUGGUCAACUGAUCUUUUAUUUUCCUGUAAUAAAAAGGAGAUACCUUUGC